AUGGAGACGAAGAUGAAGUUGGCGAACAAGAAGAGGAUGCAUGUCAGAAUCUCAAAAUCUCAGAAUCUCAAAAUCUCAGAAUCUCAAAAUCUCAGAAUCUCAAAAUCUCAGAAUCUCAAAAUCUCAGAAUCUCAAAAUCUCAGAAUCUCAAAAUCUCAGAAUCUCAGAAUCUCAGAAUCUCAGAAUCUCAGAAUCUCAGAAUCUCAGAAUCUCAAAAUCUCAGAAUCUCAGAAUCUCAUCUCAGAAUCUCAGAAUCUCAGAAUCUCAGAAUCUCAGAAUCUCAGAAUCUCACAUUCUGAAGUUUUCAGAUUCUUAGAUUUUGCUAUUCUCAGAUUCCCAAAUUCUCAGAUCCCGAGAUUCUGGGAUUUCUGA